AUGAGCGUGGACGUUCAGGAUGAGCGCAGUCUGUUCUGCUUGCAGCCAUUGCCAAAAAGUAACGCGGCCGCUCCUUCGGCGUGCGGCGUCCUCAGCCGUCUUAAUCCCACAAACAGAAACAAUGCGCAAGGGCACAUCAAAGAGGACGUAACUUCCAGCGGGUCACCCCGGGAGAUUCGCCAAAAAAUAGCAAGAGACAGUCCUACAGGUGAGUCCGCCAUCAUCCGAGGGACCUUAAACUCUACGCACCCGCGGAAACGAGGGGUCGUGACAGAAGCAAGGCGCUUGGCGCGCAACAAGCAAAUUUUGAAUAGGACGGUGACACCCGUGGAGGAUGCGGUCUUACAUUGGGAUCAGACCCGCCACCGUAGUAAGAGGAUAAAGUUGAACGACGGGCUGAGAAGUGGGGGCACGCCGGCAGGUGGACACCACAAUGCGCCUAAGCCUUCUUCAACGGGGGAGGGAGAUCGACACAGGAGGGGUACCAAAGAGGAGAAAGCUUGGAAGAGGGGGAGAACCCGCUUGAACAAAAGCUCAGGGGCUCACACAUCGCCAUGGGAACCCAUCCCCAAGCCGCUGGCCCUGACAUCCACCGACGCGCCCUUUGACCUUCUCACCAGGAGGCCCGAACUCUUCACAUUCCGAGAGGACAACCCAUGGGACGCCACGCCGAUCACGCCGCCUGGCUCGCAGGACUUCGGCGACGAGAUCAAGAAUCCCUUCUACCCGGUGACCAGCGAGACGUACGGCGCUUACGCCAUCACUUGCGUGUCAGGGGUCAUCUUCCUUGUGGGAGUCGCCGGUAACAUCGCCAUCCUGUGCAUCGUGUGCCAGAACUACUACAUGAAGAGCAUCUCAAAUUCAUUGCUGGCUAACUUGGCUGUGUGGGAUUUUGUGCUCAUCUUGUUCUGCCUGCCCAUGGUGGUCUUCCAUGAGUUGACCAAGUCUUGGCUACUGGGGGAAUUCACCUGCAGGGUGGUGCCAUAUAUGGAGGUGGCCUCCUUGGGCGUGACAACAUUCACCCUGUGCGCCUUGUGCAUCGAUCGCUUCCGGGCGGCCACCAAUGUGCAGAUGUAUUACGAGAUGAUCGAAAACUGCACGUCUACCACGGCCAAGCUAGCCGUCAUCUGGAUCGGAGCGCUCCUGUUGGCGCUGCCCGAGCUGCUUAUCCGGCAACUGGUGGUGGAAGAGGCCGAAAUCCCGGACGAACCUCCCGAGGAACGCUGCAUCAUCCGGAUCUCCACGUCCCUCCCCGACAUGCUCUACGUGCUGGGCUUGACGUACGAGGGCGCCAGGCUGUGGUGGUGCUUUGGCUGCUACUUUUGCCUCCCCACGCUCUUCACCAUCGGGUGCUCGUUGGUGACGGCGCGGAAGAUCCGACACGCCGAGCAGGCCAGCGUGCGAAGCAACAAGAAGCAAAUACGCCUAGAGAGCCAGAUGAACUGCACGGUGGUGGCGCUGGCCAUCGUCUACGGCGCCUGCGUGGUGCCCGAGAACAUCUGCAACAUCGUUUCGGUGUACAUGGCGGCCGGCGUUCCCGAGAACACCAUGUCGGUGCUCCACCUCCUCUCACAGCUGCUGCUCUUCUGCCGUGCGGCAGUGACGCCCGUGUUGCUCCUGCUCUUGUGUCGCCCGCUGGGCAGGGCCUUUUUGGACUGCUGCUGUUGCUGCUGCUGCAGCCGUACGCCCUCCUCCACUACAGCCAGUGACGAUAACGAACACGAGUGUACCACCGAGCUGGAGUUGUCGCCGUUUAGCACCAUUCGCCGUGAGCUGAGCAACUACACACCGGCAGGAUCUCAUUGCUAA